CAACCAGCAUGGCGACGGAGAAGCUUUGCUUCGUCUGCUUAACCUAGCUAGCUAGCUAGCUAGCUUCUGAGUUGCAUGAUUAUUACACAGCAUUAUGAUGUUUGCAGCCAGGUGCAGUUCAGUUUCUGAAUGCGUCCCGCUGCUGUCGUUUCAUAUUUCACGUGGAAAUGGGAUACGCUAGGUGCAACGUUAUUAUGGAGUCGAGAACAGGCAGUGUGUCAUCUGGACUGGGCAGCAGCACGGGUGUGAGGGGGCAGACUCUGAAAAGUAGCCCUUUCUGUCCUCGCUCUUCCAGCAAGUUGACACAGUCCAUCAUUAAAGACCACAUGGUGUCUCAUUACAAAAAAGUUUACUCAGCAAAAGCUGCCAUUGAUGCCUCAGUACCCAAAAGUAUGCUCUGUAGUGUGAAAUACAAUGACCGAAUCAGGCAGGAGCGACUAAGGAAAGGAAGUCGUCCUCAGUCUGCUCACUCUCUCUCCCACAGAAACAGCAGAACAUCGUGCUCAUCAGCUCCGAGUAGAUCAUCGGUCCAGUACGACGACAGCCCCUACUACUGUUCAAGGAGCUCCUCGGUCUCCAGCCCAAGGCUCACCACCAGCUUUAAUGUCAAGGACAUUGCUUAUCCAUCAUGUAAAAUCAAUUCUCAUCCCACACGUCCUGCAUCGGAAAUAAAAUACCGGAGCCCAGAGGCAACGUUGCAGAGGAAGCAGUCGACUUGUUCUCUCGGGGCUUUGGGAGAUCAGAGUUCAUUCAGGACUUUCCAGGACCCCGUUCAGAAGACAUACAGCGGCGACUUACUCCAGAAGCAUUCACAGCACUUUACCCAGCACAAGCCGUUCACUCCGAAGACCCUGAUAUCAGAUAAGAGCUCCUACCUGUCUAAAUAUCGCUUCUACAGAGCACCACAACGGAAAAUCACUCAGGACUACAGCAAUACAAAGCUGGCCAAAGGUCACGCCUACCAUGGAAGCACAAAAAACAAGGGAUGCACACAGGACUUUGAUGAACCAUCUCAGGAAUUGGUUACAGAGCACGAGUGGUCUGAGGACGACUUCAAUGACACUUAUUUCUCAUCAUCCAGACAACAGAGUCGAGUCACCAAGAGCAGAAACCAAACCUUCUUGGACUUUUCACCCGGAUUAUCACCAGAAGGAGGAAAGUUUUCCAGGAUGAGGAGUGUCUCUGCAGAGGAAGAAGAAUUAUUGUACCUGGAAUUCAUUUCUGCUGUAACAGAAGAUAUCCUAUCAAGAGGCCACUUUUCUGACAGGGUCAUAGAGCGCGUGAUGGAGCGUCAUAUUGACAUGAAUCUCCACAAGCUCGAUGAGGGUAAAAUGCGCCACCUUCUGGAAGUGAUGCGUAAAGAUUUAGAACAGCCGACCAACAUACCCAACUCGGAGCUUGAUAAAAAAGACACAUAUCACCUUGAUUCACUCCCAGGGAUGAAGGAUUCACAAGUGAAGAGUAAAGAAGACAGUGACAUGUUCCCUUAUGUGUCACUGAUCAAAUCCUGCAAUUCAUCUCAUUAUGAUGAACCAAUAAUGGCUUCUACACCCACCUGCUCUCCUGAAAGAUUCACUCCAACUGAAAUUAAAGAAGACAGGAAGGAGGAGGAGGAAGCGGAGACUGGCCCUCUUUUGCUCAGUGAGCAUCUUCACAAUGAUGCAGGAGCCGGUGAAGAAGACGCUCAUCAGACCGACACAGUGGCAACAAAUGAAGUCAGCAGUGAAAACCAUGAGUACACCAGUGAUAAAGACCAAGCCGACGUCCAGUUUCGUGGCCAGUCUGAAGCAGUGGAGGAUCUGGGAAGGAAUUUGUCAGAGUUGUUGCACGUGUCCAGCGGCCCACACCGUGAACAGGCGGCGGCAGCCACAGAAAAUACAAACACUGCUGAUUCUGUCACUGAUGACGAAUUCUAACUUUGGUUGUUCUCAGGGAUUUUGGAUCUACUGGAUGUUUUUGUUACUAAGUGAGUGUUGUUCCAGUGAGAUUUGUAAUAAUUUCAUAUAACUGGGAAGUUUAGUUUUGUAAAAAAAAAAAGAAGAAUUUAUAUUUGACACUGGAUGUGUUUUCCAUGUUUCCAACUUCCUUAAAGAGGUGUUACUCACUUGGAUUGCCUUUUUAACCAUUUUUACAAGAGCAUGUUGAGAAUGUAAAUCAGAGACUUGAACCUGUUCAACUGAAACACUGUAAAAUGGGACGUAUUUGAUCAAUAGUAGCUGAGCCACAGCUGACCGCAUCUCACUGUAAAUGUAGAAAGGUAUUUUCCAAUAGCAACGACAAAGAUUUUAGUAUUUUCAAAGUUUAGAUGCAUGACGAUGAAAAUAACCAUUUGUGUUCUUGGCUAGGCUGAGUGUGCUGCAGAGUAUGCAGUUGGUUUUCAGUGUGUAGCUGCAGUUAAAUGUGUGUAUUUUGACAUGCCUCUGAGAGUGAACUGUCACCAGAGUGUCUUUCUUGCAUUUGCAAUAAUUUUUUUUUCUACUGUGUUCUUCUGAAAGCUUCCACUUUUUUCCCCCACUGUGACAAAAAGCUACCAUUUAGCCUAGAACCAUCAGCAGAACAUGUGCUUGUGCUAUUAGUUGAAGGAAGUCAGAGGGGACAGAGAUGUCUGUUCUGUUUUGCUCUACACAU